GAUAGUUCUAAGUCUAACUUUAAACUCUCACCCUCUCCGGCAUCAACUUCUUCCCCGCCUCUGCGACGAUUGGGCGUCCCGGUUCUUGAUUAAGACCCAUUUUCCGUCCAAUACGACUGCCGGACGACAUCCCGUCCCGCUCCAAUCCAUCGAAACGAAGCUAAUGGUAUUCGAAUUACCAAAAUGACCCUCUCUCCUUCUCUCUUCAUCCCCAACUCUCCUCCUUCACGCAUUAAGCUCAACUCUAAUCCUCACAGUUUCUCCUUCCCCGUUAGGCUUCCCAAAUUCCCUUUCAACCAGACCUUCCUUUCCGACGACCGUAGGUCCUACUCUGGCGCUGGCAAGGCCAGAGCCAAGCCGAAGGAGCUUGUCUUUGGCUCCCCCUCUGUCACCGUCCAGAAAGGAAAGUACAGCUACGAUGUUGAAACCCUAACCAACAAGCUCAGCAGCCUCCCUCCUCGUGGCAGCAUCGCCCGGUGCCUCGACACCUACAAGAACAAGCUCUCACUCAACGACUUCGCUUUGGUAUUCAAGGAGUUCGCGCAACGCGGCGACUGGCAGCGGUCACUCAGGCUGUUCAAGUAUAUGCAACGGCAGAUGUGGUGCAAGCCGAACGAGCAAAUCUACACAAUCAUGAUCAGCUUGUUGGGCCGCGAGAAUUUGCUGGACAAGUGCGCUGAGAUUUUCGAUGAAAUGCCUAACCAGGGUGUGCCCCGCAGCGUAUUCUCCUAUACGGCUUUGAUUAAUGCAUACGGGCGUAACGGUCAGUACCAAACUUCUCUUGAGCUUCUUGAGAGAAUGAAAAGAGAGAGAGUCUUUCCCAAUAACUUGACUUAUAACACUGUGAUAAAUGCUUGUGCUAGGGGUGGGUUAAGUUGGGAGGGAUUGUUGGAUUUGUUUGCGGAUAUGAGGCAUGAAGGAAUACAGCCUGAUAUUAUGACUUACAAUACUCUGCUUAGUGCUUGUGCUGCUCGGGGUUUAGGUGAUGAGGCCGAGAUGGUUUUUAGAACCAUGAAUGAGGGUGGGAUAUUGCCUGAUAUAACAUCAUUUAAUUAUCUUGUUGAGACAUUUCGGAAAUUGAGUAAGCUUGAGAAGGUCUCGGAGCUUCUUAAGGAAAUGGAGGUUGGAGGAAAUUUGCCUGAAAUAUCGUCCUAUAAUGUGUUACUAGAGGCAUAUUCGGAAUCAGGCUCGAUCAAGGAGGCAAUGGGAGUGUUUAGGCAGAUGCAGGGAGCAGGUUGUGUGCCAAAUGCUGUAACUUACAGUAUUUUGUUAAACUUGUAUGGGAGGAGUGGUAGAUAUGAUGAUGUUCGUGAGCUCUUCCUUGAGAUGAAAGUCAGUAAUACAGAGCCAGAUGCAGCUACGUAUAAUAUACUGAUACAGGUAUUUGGAGAGGGUGGGUAUUUUAAAGAGGUGCUGACUUUGUUUUAUGAUAUGAUAGAGGAAAAUGUAGAGCCAAACAUGGAAACAUAUGAGGGAUUGAUAUUUGCUUGUGGGAAGGGUGGUCUUCAUGAGGAUGCCAAGAAAAUUUUACUCCACAUGAAUGAGAAAGGGAUAGUGCCGAGUUCGAAGACUUACAAUGGGGUUAUUGAAGCGUAUGGGCAAAGUGCAUUAUAUGAGGAAGCUAUUGUGGCCUUCAACUCAAUGAAUGAGGCCAGGAGCAACCCAACUGUUGAAACUUACAAUUCACUGAUCCACACAUUCGCUAGAGGAGGACUUUUCAAAGAAUCUGAAGCUACUUUGUCAAAAAUGGUUGAAUCUGGGGUUGCAAGGGACAGAGAUUCCUUCAAUGGAGCUAUUGAAGCUUUUAGACAAGGGGGUCGAUAUGAAGAAGCUAUCAAGACGUAUGUGGAGAUGAGAAAGGUUAGAUGUGAUCCUGAUGAUCGGACGCUUGAGGCAGUUUUGAGCGUUUACUGCAUUGCUGGACUCGUUGAUGAGAGCGAAGAGCAAUUUCAGGAAAUCAAAGCUUCUGGAAUAUUGCCUAGUGUAAUGUGCUACUGCAUGAUGCUGGCAGUUUAUGCAAAGACUGGCAGAUGGGAUGAUGUCUAUGAAUUGCUGGGUGAGAUGUAUGCGAAUAGGGUGUCCAAUGUCCAUCAGGUGAUUGGGAAGAUGAUCACUGGAGAUUAUGAUGAUGACUCAAACUGGCAAAUGGUAGAGUAUGUCCUUGAUAGACUUAACUCUGAGGGACGUGGUCUUGGUAUGAGGUUUUACAAUGCUCUUUUAGAAGCACUUUGGUGGAUGGGUCAGAAGGAACGGGCUGCAAGAGUUCUGACUGAAGCAACAAACCGUGGCCUUUUCCCUGAACUUUUUCGCAGAAACAAACUUGUCUGGUCUGUGGAUGUACACAGGAUGUGGGAAGGUGGUGCAUAUACAGCACUAUCAGUCUGGCUCAAUGAUACGCACAAGAUGUUUGUGAACGGGGAGGAGCUUCCUCAACUAGCAACUGUUGUGGUUGUACGAGGACAAAUGGAGAAAAGCUCAAUUACACGUGAUUUUCCUGUUGCCAAGGCUGCCUAUUCCUUCCUUCAGGAGAAUGUGUCGUCAUUAUUUUCCUUCCCGGGAUGGAACAAGGGUCGAAUUGUCUGCCAGAGGUCUCAGCUCAAGAGGAUAUUGUCAGAUGCAAAAUCACUCUCAGACGAAUCUAGCAAAGAUCAGAUAAUUACAUUGAUAAACUCCUCACUCCCUCCUCGGGGAACAAAAACAUCAAUUAGUAGUGUAAAUAGUACCCAGCAGGCUCAGAAUAAUGAUACUGGUUCUGAAACUGAUAUAAGGACUAGCACAGAACUCAUGACAAGCACAGUUUAGGUAGAGACAGAAAUUCCCCUUAUCAGUGUUUGAGGGCUUCCACAGUUUUGACCAUUGAAACAACAAACAAGAGUAUAUAUGCCCUUGUAUCUUCAAAUGAAUUCCCUUGGCGGCAAGCGAAUCUGCAGUCCGUGACCAGUUCAAAAUUUGCCUCCAAAUGCCUUAAAUAUUUGAAUUAGUCUGACAAUGGUGUUGCACAAUAAUUGGCGGAUGUUCAAUUGUCGCUGCUGCUGAGAAGCUUUGUGUUAAAGCCAUUUUGGGUCGCUUAUUUCAGCAUGAGGAAGCUCUAGUGAUGAGAGGGAACUUUCAUUUUGUAGCUUUAGAUAAUUCAAUUGUUAUAAGGGCAUGUACACUGUAUUUGCACAUUCUAAUUUAUUUUUUUGAGUAGUUUGAACUACUGGCCCAGUUCAAAAUUCACUGACCUUUAUGUGCUUUAUACUGCAGAAAUGAAAGAGAAACAUGAUAUUAGAGUUCUA